UGGGAUGAAGUUAGAGGAGUUACAGAUAGACAGAUAGCAGCAGAGAGGGAGACUGGGAAUGUGAAUAAAGUCUGUGUUAAAUUGGGAAAGAGACCAGAGUACAUAGAGAAAGUGUGUGUUUUAGGAAGAUGUUACCAUAACUUUUUGGAUUUAAUUUUCUCCAUAAAUGUGAUUUAUUUUUACCAGAUAUUUUUUUGCUUUCCGGUUUUUCUUAUUUUAUCUUCUGAGUGCAUCCUCACCUGAAAAGUUAGAUUUUUACAGAGUGUGUGUGAGUGUGUUUUUUUUAUGUGUAUGUCUGUGAUAUAGUAUAGUAAGUCAUGGAACUGGAGCGUUUAGGUGGCGGCGGGGUUAAACCCGAGAGGGGCAACAGUCGUCUCUACAGAAUAGCACUGGCCAUGUGUGUGUGUCUCUGUGCCGCUCUGCUGCUUGCGCUCAUACUGGUCUCUCAGAAAUCUAGUCAGGAGGAGUUCUGUCUGACCCCAGAAUGCAUCGAAGCAGCGGGGUCUGUUCUGAGUAAAAUGGACCGGUCCGUUGACCCCUGCGAGGACUUUUAUAGUUUCUCCUGUGGCGGUUGGUUAAAGGAGAACCCGAUCCCUGAAGACUCCUCCUCGUAUGGCAUAUACCCCUGGCUGCGACAGCAUGUAGACAUCCGACUCAAAGAGUUACUAGAAGCUCCUUCGGACCCUGAUGAACUGGAAGCAGUGACCAAGGCUAAGAUCCUAUACCGCUCCUGUAUGAAUGAGACUAUACUGGAGGAGGUGGACACCAAACCGAUGCUGAAAACACUGAAACAGCGUGAGUUCCGUUGGCCUGUUGUGGGGGAUGGGCUUGGCGGGGAGUACCAGUGGUCGGUGGGGGAGUGGAGCCUCCUGAAGACUCUGGCAGAGAUGAGGAACCAGCACAGUAAGAGUGCCCUGAUUCGCCUGUACGUCUCCCCCGAUGACAAAAACUCCUUACACUACAUCAUCAAGCUCGAUCAGGCAUCCUUGUCUCUGCCCUCCAGGGAAGACUACAUCACCAACACUUCCUCUGCCCGGGCGUAUCGUGCAGCCUUGUUGAGUUUGAUGGUAGAUACAGCUGUCAUGCUGGGCGCUCCAGAGAAAUCAGCACUGACCCAGAUGGAAGAGGCUCUUGCCUUCGAGACCCAACUGGCUCAUAUCCUGAUUCCCUAUGAAAACCGCACCAGUGAGAACAUGUACAACAAACUCUCACUCUCCCGUCUGCAGCGCUCCAUACCACAGUUUGAUUGGCUGGGUUUUGUAAAAGCUGUGGUGGAGUCUAAAGUCGAGCCGGUUCGGUCCAUCUCUUCCUCUGAGCCCGUCAUCGUCCGGGCGCCGCAGUACUUCAAGGAACUUUUCAAGCUCAUUAACACCACAGACCCCAGGACUGUAGCUAACUACGUACAGUGGCGGACAGUUUUUUCCAGGAUCACCACUCUGAGCCGUCGUUUCCUUUACAGAUACCUGGACUAUGCUCGGGUAACCACGGGAACCACCUCUCUGACCCCGCGCUGGGAUAAGUGUGUAAACUACGUGGAGAACUCGCUUGUUUAUGCCACCGGGCGCCUCUUUGUCAACACACACUUCCAGGAGGACAAGAAACACAUGAUGGAGGAACUGAUCGAGGGUGUUCGUUGGGCAUUCAUUGACAUUUUGGAGAAGGAGAACGACUGGAUGGAUCAACCAACAAAGAAGAGAGCCAUCGAGAAGGCUCAUGCAGUUCUGGCUAAAGUUGGCUACCCCGAGUUUAUUCUGAACGACACCUACCUCAAUGAAGAUUUAAAGCAGCUAGGGUUCAGUGAGAACGACUACUACGGGAAUGUGAUGCAGACGUUGAAGUUCAUCGCCCAGUCGGACAUCACCUGGCUCCGAAAGAGCGUCCCGCGUACAGAGUGGUUUACAAACCCAACAACUGUGAACGCCUUCUACAGUUCGUCCACCAAUCAAAUCAGAUUUCCCGCUGGAGAGCUUCAAAAACCCUUCUUUUGGGGAAAAGAGUAUCCAAGAUCUUUAAGUUAUGGCGCCAUCGGGGUGAUAGUAGGACAUGAGUUAACACACGGCUUUGACAAUAACGGUCGCAAGUAUGACAAAAAUGGCAACCUUGACUCGUGGUGGACAAACUCUUCUGUAACAGCCUUCAAUGAGAAGACCCAGUGUAUGAUUGACCAGUAUAAUGGCUACUACUGGGAGGAGGCCGGCCUAAAUGUGCGGGGCAAGAGGACACUAGCAGAAAACAUAGCCGACAAUGGAGGAAUAAGAGAGUCUUUUAGGGCGUACAGGCGCUGGGUAGAUGAGAACAGAGGUGGUGUGGAGGAACCUCGGCUGCCUGGUGUCGGACUGAACAACAACCAACUGUUUUUCCUGAGCUAUGCACAUGUGAGAUGUAACUCAUACAGACCAGAAGCAGCCAGGGACCAGAUCCAGAGUGGAGCUCACAGUCCACCAAAAUACAGAGUUAUCGGUGCAAUGAGCAACUAUGAAGAGUUUCGGAAAGCGUUCAGCUGCCCUGAGUCGGUCAUGAACCGAGCUGCACAGUCCUGCCGGGUGUGGUGACCUUUGACCUCGGCUAAGAUCCUGAACCAGGCCAGAGCUGUCAGCAGGACGUCCGUUUCAAAGGCUGAUAAUGCUGGGCUUAGCCAACUUAGUUUACAUGAUGUGGGAACAAUGUAAAAAUGAAGCAGAGUUCUUCUCACAGAAAGAAUACACUUGUGUUACGGUAAGAGUGGGAAAUGUUGUAGACUGAAGCCAUUUCAGUGGGCUACUGUAUCUUGUUACAGUUACUGCAUAUGUUGCAGUUACUGCAUAAAUCAUGACUGAAGCCAUUUGUUAAGGACCAUACUUUAUGGAUUAUAGAAAUGUUGGAAAAAGGAGGCUGCCCAUAUUUUUUUUUUAGCCCUAUAUGUACUGUGUGACUUGAUAAAGCUAGAACCUUUCUUAUGGGAAUACAAUUGUUUUAUAUAUUAAAGUAACGGUACAAUGAAUGAUUUUUUUUUCUUAUAGGAACCUAUAUGGUAAAUGUUACAGUAACUGUGGUAAGCAGAAAUAUAUCAAGUCAAUAUUUGCAUAUAUUCAUUAGCAGCCAUGAAUUCCCGAAGAUUCAAUCAUGUGUGAUCAUUAAUAGGAUAACAUGCUAAAUAUAAUACAAAGGAAAUAAGUUAGAUAUGUACAGUUCAAUUUGAUCUCAUAUUAACUCUUAAAACCUUUUCCUUCUUCCUUAUUUUUGUUUUUAAUAAUAAUGAAUGCAUUUAUCAUAAUUGUAAUAUAAUAAUAUAUAUAUAUAAUCUGUGUGUGUGUGUGUGUGUGUGUGUGUGUGUGUGUUCUCCUUUGAUAUGUCUUUGUCUUGUCUUUGCUUUCUGUCCCACUUUGUUUCAUCCUUGGUCUUAUGUCAGACAUUCAUAUUUAUUCUGCUGAAGUUCCGCCCGAGGCAAAUGAACUCACUGAAUUACAAGCACUCAAACUACAAGACCCCGUACUCUCUCCAUUUGUCUUUCUGUUACAACACUGGCGAGGUGCACUCACACUUCAGCUUGUUUGUAGUACUGGAUGUUGCUCUUGAAUAUGGGGAGUAUUUUUUUUUACAGAUUUCACAAGUUAGUCAGACAAUGCAUAGAAUAUAUCUUAUAAAAAAUUCAUAACCUUACCCCCCACCCAGAGUCACAGACUACUACUGGCCGGCACAUUCAAAUGCUGCUUUCCCCCUAUGACAUCUUCAUAUUUCCCAUUUUGUUGUUUAAAACCCAAAAAUAUUCAAUUUAUGAUGAUAUUAAACAGUUCAUUUUUGUCAAUUGGCUAUUCAGUUUAUCAUUUCAACAGCCCUCAAAAUAUUUUCACUCUUAUCACCCAGUAAGGUGUACUUUGAAAUGCUGAAUAACAAACAUCCACAACUCCACAGGGAAAAAUAUUAAAUUGAAACCGGUGUGAAUUCUUAAGUCCUUUUAUUUAUGCGUUUCUUCAUUUAUAAUAUUUUAUAAUAUUAUUAUUGUAACUUAAUGGAAAGGAUGUUUUGCUUUUCCUUCAUUAUAGUAGCCUGAAUGUGAUUAUGGUUCACUGUGUUGCUGUUUUUCGUUGUGCUUCUUUCUGUUCAGGUUCUAAUAAAACUCUGAGACAUUACGCUGUGUCUUCAACUCGUAACUUUGCUGUGAUUGAUAAGGUGAGUUGGAAAAUGUGUGUGUUCAGAGGUGGCAGACAGUGGACGGAGAGGGGUCUGAUGGAUGGAGGACAAAAGACAUAAAGAGAUUGAGAUUGCAUCUGAAAA